CUCUGCGCAUGGGCGCUGUUUCUGUUACGUCACUGUUUCUGAGCGAGCCCCAGAACCGGGAAGUGAGUUGAGCAGCUGUCGCUACCAAAACACCGUGGCAGCUUCCGUCUGCUGGCUGCCUUCGAGGCCCCUUUUUAACCGCAACCCUUCAACUGAACUGCGGGGCAGCUGAUCGAGGAGGGCAGGAUGAGCGGUGCGGCUCUGGCUUUGGAGAUCGUGGUGGUCUUCUUCCUGGCGCUCUUCCUGCUGCACCGCUAUGGAGAUUUCCGAAAGCAGCAGCGGAUGGUUCUGUUCGGCACAUUGCUGGCCUGGUACCUGUGCUUCCUCAUUGUCUUCAUCUUGCCGCUGGACGUGACAACGACCAUCUACAAGCAGUGCGUGAUUGACCACCAGACCACCCCAGCCGAACCGACCCUCCCGUCUACAAACCACACCCAUGCUAACGCAUCAAAGCCUCCAGCCGACGGCAGCGCAGCGAUGUGCUACAAACCUUGGAGCUACAUCCCUGAUGGCAUCAUGCCAGUGUUCUGGAGGGUGGUGUACUGGACCUCGCAGUGUCUCACUUGGCUGCUGCUGCCCUUCAUGCAGUCGUAUGCUCGCUCCGGCGGCUUCUCCAUCACUGGCAAGAUCAAGACAGCGCUGAUUGAGAAUGCCAUUUACUACGGCACCUACCUGCUCCUCUUCAGCUCCCUGCUCAUCUACGUGGCAAUCCACCCAGAGUGGCGUCCGUCCUGGCACGAGUUGCAGACCAUCGGCAUUACCGCAGCUAACACCUGGGGUCUCUUCCUGCUGGUGCUGCUGCUGGGCUACGGGCUGGUGGAGAUCCCACGCUCCUACUGGAACGCUGCUCGUCAUGGCCACCUACUGGUCAAAACGUACUUCAAAGCCUCCAAGCUGAUGACUGAGAAGGCCGACGCAGAGGAGAACCUGGAGGAUGUGAUGGAGGAGGUGAGGAAGGUCAGUGAAAGCAUCAAGUACAAUCACCCGCUGAGGAAGUGCGUCGACACCAUUUUGAGGAAGUGUCCAGUGGACUACCAGGAGAAGAUGGGUCGAAACAUGGACGACUAUGAAGAUUUUGAUGACAAACAAAACACUUACCCGAGUGAGCGCAGUUUGGUGAAGCUGCACAAGCAGGUGAUCUACGCCGUCCAGAGGCACAACCGGACCCAGGUGCAGUGGCAGAUCCUCCUGCAGGAGGCGCUACACCUGGAGGACGUUGCUAAGAACGAGAACAGCUCGUGUCACCAGUUCGUGCACAGUUUCCCGCCCUCUGACCCGCCGGGCUGGUUCAGCAGAUACGUGUACACACCGACCAUAGAGUGGUACUGGGAGUGUCUCCUGAAGCGCUGGUUCCACCGCCUGCUGUCAGUGGUGCUGACCCUCUUCAGCGUGGCGGUGGUCUGGUCUGAGUGCACCUUCUUCAGCACCACACCCGUCUUGUCGCUAUUCGCCGUCUUCAUCCAGCUGGCUGAGCGAGACUACAACUACCUGUAUAUCCAGAUGGCCUGCUUCGUGACCAUCUUCUUCCUAUGCACGUGUGUUUACUCAACCGUGUUCCGCAUCCGAGUCUUCAACUAUUAUUACCUGGCACCGCACCACCAGACGGAUGCGUACAGCCUGCAAUUCAGUGGCAUGCUGUUCUGUCGGCUGACUCCGCCCCUCUGCCUCAACUUCCUGGGUCUGAUCCACAUGGAUUCUGCCAUUUCACACCAACAGAAGGCGCCCACAGCGUACACCUCGAUCAUGGGCUCCAUGCGUGUCCUCUCCUUCAUUGCAAACGGCUUCUACAUAUACUACCCGAUGUUGAUAGUCAUUCUAUGCGUCGCCACCUACUUCAGCCUCGGGACGCGCUGCCUCAACCUCUUGGGCUUCCAGCAGUUCAUGGGUGACAGCGAGAUGACCUCUGACCUCAUUGACGAGGGAAAGGAGUUGAUUCGCAGAGAGAAAAGAAAACGUCAGAGAGCCGAAGACGGCGAGAACCGACGUCGAGAGUGGAAAGAACGCUAUGGCAACCAGAGGGAGGAGUUCAGGAACCGAAGCAGCCACGAGAUGAAGGAGACCAACUACUCCGACACGGUCCCCCCGACCAAUGCCCGCCAGGCCAAGUUCUCCCGCGGCGGCACUCGAGCGGAACGUGACCGGGUGGAGCUGCUGCAGGAUGCGGAACCCCUGGACUUCAAUGCAGACAUCCCAAAUGAAGACCCGCUUGACCCAGAGUCCAACAGGCACACGGGGGGGCGCUACCUGUCCAUGUCCAGCAGCAGGAUCUUCGACGACGUUUAGCCUGGAACAGAUGCAGCGAGCCAAAACCCGACAGUGAAUGUGCUGAAAUGAAGAGCCACACAACAGGAAGACAGCAACAGCCGAGUACACUCACUUGCUAAUGUACCUGAAGACUGGAACAGGUGAUGUUUGGGUCGUGUUCCGCACUCACCUCACGAGUGUCCGGACUGGGCGGCAACGAUAUCUUCCGGAUUCACUUCUGACAAUUCUUCUUGGUGUUAUGACUCUUCUUGUCUUUCACGCGUUGGUGACGAGUGUCUCGCCCGCCGGGCACCGACGUUAACGUUGAGGCGGUCGUGGCUCGAGGAACAACAGAGGGGUGCUGUGUGUUUCUCCCUGUGAGAAUGUAUUUUUAACUGAAAUGAAGGCGUUACUUGUAAAUAUUUCUAAUAUAGUGAAGAUGGAAAUGUGGUUAGUGUUACCUGCGCUGGUAUGCCGGCGCCAACCUCUCGCUCCUGCUAGCAUGUGCCCUGACAUCUGUUGGUCACCGACCCCGGGCUCGUUGGUGCACGUGCAUCUCCUGGAUGACUGAGCUGCUGUAGAUGUGAAAGGUUUUCUAUUGUCCCUCCUGUGAUCCACUGUCAAUAAACCUC